UUCGCGGGUCGCGCGGCCGGCGAGCGCAGCGCCCUCUCGCAGCCACUCCGCCACGGCCGGCACGCAGAGCGCGCGCAACAUGCACUCCUCUAUUCUACAAUACUCUAUUUUGCUGUGUGUAGGCAUUGUCACAUCGGAUCCGUCGCCAGGUCGGAUCCCGAAAGUGUACAAUGCCCUCAUCACCUCCAACCAAAACCUGGAGCCGAGCAAGGCGUUCCCGGUGUACCAGCCAGUGAUACACGACGCAGCUUUCACCUUCCCGCUGCAGUCACCUUUCUUCUAUGGGCAUGAAUUACCACUAGGCAAUGGCUUAAUUCCUGCGCCAGCAUUCCUGCCAAGAGGGCCUAAUGCUAUUCCAGAACCGGCACCAGGACCAUCCUCUAAAGCACCAGAGGCAGCCGGAUCUCCGUCCAGCACAGAACAGCCCGAGUCAUCUGCAUCUUCUGUAGCCCCUCCAACUGAAAUCCCCUCCAAUUCCGAACAAGCGGCGCCUUCCGAGUCGAGUACAUCCUUACCAAAUUCUGCAGACCAGGCUGCUCAGUCACCCCCACCUCCUCCCAGUACAGAGUCCCCAAUACCGCUGAACCAAUUUGGAUUACCACCCCAAGUUCUGCCCAUUAGUCAUACGUACAAUACCAUCCCUAAUAUCCGACACUUUACCUACAGUUAUCCUGCAUUCCGAUUCUAUGACCCCUUUGAUCCCUUUGGCUUUAAUCCGUAUGCUGGUUUACCUCCCCUGUACCAUCCAUUGACGAAUGUUCUAGGUCAGUAUGAGGCAUCGCCAUCUGGCCGAGAGCAGAUACCUAAUUCAGUUGGCUCCAAUCCAUCUACUCCUAGCCCACCUCCGGAACCCAGUGACCUUAACGUUCUCAACUACUCCCCUAAAGAUCCCGAAAUCGCUAACGUCCCGCCUCCUCCUCUUCCUCAGGGCGGACUCAAGCCUGAUAAACCAGAGUAAUACGUUAAAACAAAUUAUAGUAAACGAUAACUAAGUUAGUCAUUAUUUUCUAAUUCAUACAAACUCGGUGAUCAUGUAAUCUAAUUUUCUCACUGUAAUUUUUGUAUUUUUGUUUUAACUUUUCUUUUCUUAUAUAGGACAACGGUUUUUCAAUAGUUCAUAAGAUUAUUCGUAUUAAAAGUUCCUCGAUUUUUUUUCA